GGUGAGUACGCUUCCAAAUUUCUCCGCGAAACCAGUGUUGGAACACAUUUUUGUCCAUUUUCGAGACCAAGUGGGUCGAAAAGCGAGUGCAUGUACCUGGCAGUGGCGCUGAUCAUUAUUAUUGCGAGUUUGGUCAGGCUGCACAUUAGAAAUGGGCCCGCACGAAGCGCUCUUCUUGGCGAUAAGCAUCGUCGGAACCAUGGGCUUUAUCCCCCAUGGUUCUAUUGGGGGAAAGGAGCACAUCCUCACCGAAGCUUUACUUCGUGAGGUCGUGGAGCGUAUGGGGAAGGAGUUCAACGACGCAGCUUCGAGUUAUCUGGAUUUCCCGUCUAGUGACAGGCACCUGGCCCUCAUGGCUCGGGCCAAUAAGGAGCUGGAGAACGAGCAGUUGGACUACGAUUCCCUCAUCGACGGCAACCCAAACCCAAGCUUGCGCGAUCAGGAAUAUUUGCAGCACAGCUCACUAUGGGGGCAUCAGUACGUGACUGGGGGUGCCGGGGAAGGCGACCAGCGUCUUCACCCUUCAGGAGUGGUGCCCAACCGGCAGAUGGUGAAGACCGACGCCGUGUUGCCGGCCUACUGCAACCCCCCCAAUCCAUGCCCCGUUGGUUACACUGAAGACCAAGGCUGCAUCAGCGAGUUCGAGAACACGGCUGCCUUCAGCCGCGAGUAUCAGCUGUCGCAGCGCUGCAUGUGCGACGGGGAACACAUGUUCAGCUGCCCAGAGUCGCCCUCUGAGCUGGACAUGCGCUUCCCUGACCACCACAAGAACCUGGUUGCCAAGAAGUAUAAGCCUGACGUGGAAAAUCCAUACUUGAUGGGUGAGCGGCUGCCUAUAGCGGCCAAAAAAGGUUUUGAUGUUAUUGUAUACUAAUAAUAAUAUAAUUAAUAAUAUACUACGCAUUUAGUGUCUAUUUUAUAAAUUAACACCCCUAAGUACAGUAAGGGAUGCGUUAAUAUUGUUUUAGAGAGUUUUACGAAAAAAUUUAAUAUUCGAUUUAUUGACAUAAAAUGUCCAAAUUUUUAAAUAUCAAAAAGCAAAAGGCAGUAACUAAACCUUACUAUACUUAAGGUCCUGAUCUCAAAAUUCUUGUUACAACCUCAUUAAUGGAAUGCGUGGGAGAUGGAAAUAUUUUGCUAAAGAAUUUUCAAUACGUAGCGGGAUCGUUUGAAGGUAUAUUAUAGUUCGGCCAUUAAACUUACAGUAAUAUUUUAUUAAAUAAUAUCAGUAGAAAUCAGUACAAUUGGUGUAAUAUGGAUGUUGUGUGUAGAACUCAGUUUGUUGCUCUGAGACGUAGAAAAGUUUGAUAAUCUCUUGCCAUUAGGGAGGUGCACUUCUUCUAACUUCUAUUCUUGAUAAAUAUUAUACAAA